UCCAGCCACCCCCCUCCCGCGCAGCCCCAGCCUUUCCCCCCCCAGAGUCGCUGCUGCCCCUGUCCCUACCUCCGUCCGUAAACCGUCAUUUUCGCGGUUCCAUCAGUAAAAGAGUUGCCGCUAGCGCUCAAGCGCUCUCGAUCGGCUACUUCCAUUCUGGGACACCACCCCUUAAGUGCCACGUCACCCACAAUAUAGAACCCCUAGCCACUAAAGGUCUAUCCCUAGCCGCUAAAGGUCUAUCCCUAGCCACACAGCUCUGUCUAGCCAGCUCUGUCUAGCACCUCGGCUCUACCUAGCACCCCGGCUCUACCAUGCGCCGGCUUAAAAUAGGGAUUCGUCCCCAAUUAAUCAUCCUUGUGUGCUUCUCGUCACUCUUCUCCCUUCUUAUUCUUGCCGUGGUCACAGGAGUCUACUUCUCCACCAGUUUGAGUAACACUCGAGCUGAACGACUAGAAGUGAUUGCUCAACUCAAAACCUCUCAAGUGAAACAACUGGUGGAAUUCAUUUUCUACCAGGUCUACUUCCUCCUGACCAAGGAAUCUUUGUACACACCACUCAUACUGAAUAAGGCGGGCAAUAGUUCAAUCCUGAUCUUCAGUGGUGCCCAACUGACGUUGGAACUGUUCCUUCAAUCACUGGAACUCUUUGCGGCUGCUCGUCUUUAUAACCUCAACUUGGACAUCAUGGCCGACAGUUAUAACAAUCAAACAAAUAUCCUGGCCCCCUGUAUGGAUUAUUUGUAUCCUUUACAACAGAACCUGAGUAUCCCGGCAGGGCUUGUACUGCUGCUGUCUGCUGGGUAUCUGACGUAUUUCACGGGGCCUGCCAGUAACACUCUGGACCCCAUGUCUCCUUAUUUCAUGGGGUUGACUAUCCCGGUGUAUGCCAACACAUCCAUCAUUUUCACAUCUCCAUCAAUUGCUGGGUACUUGACGGUGAUUGCCUCGGCAUCCAAUAUCCAACAAGCAGUCAAUGAUUCGACUUCGGGCAAUGAUUAUGAGGUGAUUGUUGUGCGUCCUUAUUAUCUGGACGACACUUCAGCAUCUCUGUCUAAUCGACUGCUGCUUGUUGGAUUUGAAACAGUGUUCCCCGCUAAAGAUCUGUUUGCUCCAGGGUAUGUAUACGACAUUGAACUGUCCCCCAUGGUCCGUACCGCCUUUUCAAAAGACUCUGGAGUCAACACCAAAGUUCAACUGUUGGGUAGAACCUAUGCCAUUGGUUAUACACAAAUCCAAAUCGAUCAAAACACUUAUUGGCUGGUGAUCAUUGAACAAACUCGUGGUGUGUUCAUGGCCCCAAUCAAUAAACUUCGGGAUAUCAUCAUUGGUGUGGUGAUUGGGAUUGGGGUGUUUGUGUGUUUGGUCACGUUCCCCUUGGCCGUAUGGUUUAUUAGACCCAUCACCAAGUUGAAAGAGGCCACUGAAGCCAUCACUAGGUCUAAAAAGCGAACUCUUCAACUGGAAAGGUCGCCCACUCCAAGUUCUUCACAUCCUCCACCAUAUGGAGUUUCAUCAUCUCUCAUGUCCCACGUUGGAAGAAUCUCAACCUCUUCUCCUCCACCAACGGGUGGAGGAGGACUCAUUAAGAGAAACUCAGUCCAUUCCUCCAACUCUCUCUAUUCCUACGGAAUCAGACUCCCGGGCAAAAUCCCCCUGCUGAAAAAAUUCUUUAAAGAUGAAUUCACCGAACUUCUGGAUGCCUUCAACAUCAUGACAGAAGAAUUGGAUAAACAAUAUACCCAUUUGGAAGAUCGGGUGAAAGUCCGAACCAAAGAAUUGGAGAUCUCGAAAAUUGAAGCUGAAUCGGCCAAUGAGGCGAAAACCGUCUUCAUUGCCAACAUCUCUCACGAAUUAAGAACUCCCUUGAAUGGGAUCUUGGGGAUGACUUCCAUUGCCAUGGAAGAACAAGAUACAACUCGGAUUCUUGAUCUGUUGAAACUUAUUCAUCGGUCUGGUGAACUUCUCUUACAUAUCUUGACUGAAUUACUCACCUAUUCCAAAAACACUUUGAACCGUCUGAAAUUAGAAAAACUGAAUUUUAGAAUAUUGGAGAUUGUUUAUCAAGUUCAACUGAUUUUCCUGAAGUUGGCAAUUGAUCAACGAGUCAAUUUGAGGAUUUCUUUGAAACCUAAUGCAAUUAGGAAGUUGAUUCUUUAUGGAGAUCUGAAUCGGAUUAUUCAGAUUGUUAUGAAUUUGGUCAGUAAUAGUUUGAAGUUUACUCCGGUGGAUGGGAGUGUAGAUGUAAGUUUUAAGUUGUUGGGAGAGUAUGAUUAUGGGAGGAGUAAGGAGGGUGGGUUUAAGAAGGUAUACGUAGUCGAAGAAUCUUCCCAAGAAGAUUCCCGAGAAGAUUCCCAAGAAUAUUCCCGAGAAGAUUCCCGAGAAGAUUCCCGAAGGGAAGCUUUUAAGGGAGAUUUCGAAGCUUCUAGAGGUUCCGAGAGAAAAUUUGAAGCUUCUAGAGGUUCUGAGAGAAAUUUUGGACCUUCUGGAGGCUCUGACAGAAAAUUUGAACCUUCUAGAGGCUCUGACGGAAAAUCUGAACCUUCUAGAGGCUCUGACGGAAAAUCUGAACCUUUUGGAGACUCUGAAACAAAAUUUGAACCUUCUAGACCUUCUGAAACUUUCCAAGAAGUCUCUCAAAGAAAAAUUAAACCUUCUGGAGGUUCUGAAAGUUCUAGAGACAUUUCUAAAAAUUCUACAACUCAAGGAAGUUCUAGAAACAUUUCUGGAGGUUCUACAACUCAUAGAGUUACUCGAGAUGGAUCUACAAGUUCUACAGGUAACUCUCAUCCUAAGAAUUAUCAUUCUGGAAAUGGAUCUAAUGGAAUUUCUAAUGGAGAAGCUCCUAAGUCCACUAAUGGAGUCUCUAAAGCUUCUAGGUCAGAAGCUCCCCUUCGGGAAGCUUCUUCUAAAGCUUAUACUCUUGUUGAAUCCCCCUUUAAUGACACCUUCUCCGAUCAAUCCUCAAUCAAAACAAUGAGCUCUAAUGAAUAUAAUGAAAAAAUCUACCCUUCCUUUGUCAGAGAAGAUAAACAACUUCCCACCCUCCCUGAAGAAGUUCUCGAUCAAUCCGGUCAAUUAUCCACCAAUGGAGGAACCACCGCCAGCAUUGCUGCUGCGGCCAACGUUUCAGUUGAUUCUCCAAACAUUGCCGCCACCGCCGCGGCAAAUGCUGCUGCCACUGCCACUGCCACUGCCAACGCAGCAGCCACAGGAACAGCAUCCUUUGGCAACUAUAAACUUCAAAGACUUGCCAAAUCCAAAUCAUGGGUCAUUCAAAUCCAAGUCAUCGAUACCGGUCCCGGGAUUGAACCUGCUCUUCAGGAAAAAGUCUUUGAACCAUUCAUCCAGGGAGACCAAACCCUCUCGCGUAGUUACGGAGGUACUGGGCUUGGACUCUCCAUCUGUAGACAACUUGCCACCAUGAUGAAGGGUACCCUCACCCUCAAGUCGGAGAUUGGUGUGGGAUCCAUCUUCACCUUCACGGUCCCCUUACCACAAACCCAUCAAAUCUCUGUCCCUGAGGAAGACAUGAAACAAUUCUGUGAAGAUGAAUUCAAUCCGGAAAGUCGAAUGAACCGGAAGGUUGCCUUCAAGAUAGACGAGGAGAAUCCAAAUCAAGACCCUGAGCCGGCCUCUUCAUCAUCUUUAUCCCCUGACAAGCUCAAGCUUGAAGUACCACAGUUUGAAAAACCACAUCUCAUCACCCGUGGGUCCACGGGUACUGCCAACUCUGCUGGGUAUGGCAGUGAUAGUGGCGGUAGUAGUCAAGAAGCCACCCUUGAACGGCUUUCCGAUUUGAAAAUCCUUGUUGCCGAAGACAACCUUGUCAACCAAGAAGUGAUCAAACGAAUGCUCAAGCUUGAAGGGUUCCUGAACAUCAGCAUGGCAUGCAACGGCCAAGAGGCCAUUGAUCAAUUGGCCGAAAGCAUCGACAACGGCAACGUGUUCGACUUGGUGUUCAUGGAUAUCCAGAUGCCCAAGGUUGACGGGCUUCUUGCCACCAAGCGUAUCCGCGCCAACUUGGGCUACACGAACCCAAUCAUUGCCCUCACGGCGUUUGCCGACGAGAGCAACGUUCGCGAGUGCUUGAACAGCGGGAUGUCGGGCUUCCUCCUGAAGCCGAUCAAGAGGUCAAACUUGAAAAAGAUCAUUGUGGAGUUCAGCCAGAGCAUCCAGAACGAGAAGAACGGCGCUGGCCCGGUCUCGGGGCCCGCUGCCUAGCCGAGGAGAGAGAGAGAGAGAAGUAGCAGCGAGACGAGACGAGACGAUAAAAUGUACAAUAGUUAAGAGAAAGGACAUCGGACCCCGAUGGUAAAACAUAUUAAUAGAUAAUAAGA